CUGAAAAAUAUAACCUAAAACAUAAACAAAAUUCCUCGUUGGCGCACGUGGGGGUUGGUCGUGUUUAUCUUAAAAUAACAAGCAACAAACAGUUUAAUUAAUAAUGGGAAAAGUAAAACAAGAACCAGUGGAGGGUAAUGAGCAAGCGGACAUAUCAGUAAAAGGGGAACCGCAAAAUUAUGAUGAUAAAAUCGAACACUGCAGCGUUAUCGCCAAGCCGAUGGCACCUAAGAAAUUAAGUAAAAAGAUAUAUAAACUGAUAAAAAAAUCGAGCAGUCAUAAAAAUUACAUUAGGAAUGGUCUUAAAAUUGUUCAAAAACAAUUAAGAUUGGGCGAGAAAGGAAUCGUUGUAUUUGCUGGUGAUAUAUCUCCGAUAGAAAUAAUGUGUCAUUUACCUGCCGUAUGUGAAGAGAAAGAUGUACCCUACUGCUAUACUCCGAGUCGUAAAGAUAUUGGUUCAGCAAUGGGAACAAUGCGUGGCUGUAUUAUGGUACUGAUCAAAGAACAUGAAGAAUAUAAAGAUUUAUAUGACGAAGUUAAAAGUGAAAUCAAAUAUUUAGGUCAUCCUUUAUAA